CAAAACCCUACCAACUGCUGAUUGUUGAAGAGUGUAAAAGCGGCUUAAAAGCCUGUUACAAAGACGAUUCAGCAUGUCAUUUAAUGUUCCUAAAGAAGAAGAAAAGGUCUUGGCGUUUUGGCGCGAAAUUGAUGCCUUUCGCACACAACUAAAACUCUCUGAGGGACGUCCUGAAUUCACUUUCUUUGACGGUCCUCCUUUCGCGACUGGUCUUCCACAUCAUGGACAUUUGCUUGCUUCUACAAUCAAGGAUAGCGUUACUCGUUACGCUUGUUUGAAGGGCUACCACGUCGAACGUCGUUUUGGUUGGGAUACUCAUGGUUUACCCGUUGAACAUGAAAUCGAUAAGAAGCUAGGUAUUACUGGAAGCCAGGAUGUCAUGAAAAUCGGCAUCGACAAGUAUAAUGCUGAAUGUCGUAACAUUGUUAUGACUUAUGCCUCUGAAUGGCGUGCAACUGUUGAGCGUUUGGGCCGUUGGAUUGACUUUGACAAUGACUAUAAGACCUUGUACCCUUCUUUCAUGGAAAGUAUUUGGUGGGUCUUCAAGGUGCUUUAUGAAAAGGACAAAGUUUACCGCGGAUACCGCGUUAUGCCUUAUUCUACUGCUUGUACCACUCCUUUAAGUAACUUCGAAGCUCAACAGAAUUACAAGGAAGUUCCUGAUCCUGCCGUUGUUGUUGCUUUUGAACUUGUCGAUGAUCCUGAAGUCGGUGUUCUUGCUUGGACCACUACCCCUUGGACAUUACCUUCCAACUUGGCUUUGGCUGCCAAUCCCAAACUCGAAUACCUAAAGAUUUUGGAUAAAGAAUCUAACAAAAAAUACAUUUUACAGGAAGCUUGCCUUGGAAUUCUCUACAAAAACCCCAAGAAGGCUAGCUUCGAAGUUUUGGAGCGCUUCAGCGGUUCUAAACUGAACGGAAUGAAGUAUAAGCCUCUUUUCCCCUAUUUUGCUUCAACUUUCAAAGAUCAUGCUUUCGUAAUUUACAACGCUGAUUAUGUCGAAGAAGGUUCUGGUACUGGUAUAGUUCACCAAGCUCCUGCCUUUGGUGAAGCAGAUUAUGACGCUGCUUGGGCAAACGGUAUUAUUGAUUCUGAUCAUCCUGCUCCUUGCCCUAUAGAUGAGAAGGGUCGCUACACUGAAGAAAUCACUGACUUUGUUGGUCAAUAUGUCAAAGAUGCUGAUAAAGAAAUUAUCCGUACUUUAAAGAACAGAGGCUGUCUCGUCCGUCACAGUCAAAUCUUUCACAGUUACCCCUUCUGUUGGCGUUCUGACACUCCUCUUCUUUAUCGUGCUGUACCCAGUUGGUUUGUUAAGGUCAAGGGUAUUACUGAUCAAAUGGUUGACAAUGUGAUGAAAACACAUUGGGUCCCUCAAAACAUUCGUGAUAAGCGUUUUGCCAACUGGCUUAGUAAUGCUCGUGACUGGAAUAUUUCACGUAACAGAUACUGGGGUACUCCUAUUCCUUUGUGGGCUAGCGAUGAUUACGAAGAAAUUGUAUGCAUUGGAUCAGUUAAGGAACUUGAAGAACUUUCUGGUGUUUCAGGAAUUAAUGAUCUUCAUAGAGAUAGUAUUGAUCACAUCACUAUUCCUUCAAAGACGGGUAAGGGUACCCUUCACCGCAUUUCUGAAGUUUUCGAUUGUUGGUUUGAAUCUGGUAGUAUGCCUUAUUCUUCUCGUCAUUAUCCUUUUGAAAAUGUUGAGAACUUUGAAAAGGGUUUCCCUGCCGAUUUCAUCUCUGAAGGUGUUGAUCAGACUCGUGGUUGGUUCUAUACUCUCACCGUAUUAGGUACUUUAUUGUUUGGCAAUGCUCCUUACAAGAACGUUAUUGUCAGCGGUUUGGUCAUGGCUGAAGACGGUAAAAAAAUGUCUAAGCGUCUAAAGAAUUAUCCUGAGCCUAAUUUUAUCAUCCAAAAAUAUGGUUCUGAUGCACUUCGUCUAUUCCUCAUCAAUUCACCAGUCGUACGUGCUGAAGUCUUGAAAUUUAAGGAAGACGGUGUCAGAGAAGUUGUUACAAGAGUUAUGAUUCCUUGGUGGAACAGUUAUAAGUUCUUUGAUGCUCAAGCCGCUCUUUAUAAGAAGGUUAAUGGUAAAGAUUUUGUUUAUAAGGAAGAUGUUGAGCUUAGUAAGAAUGUCAUGGAUCGCUGGAUUCUUGCUCGCUGUCAAUAUCUUAUUCAAUUCGUUGAUCAAGAAAUGCAACAAUAUCGUUUGUAUACAGUCGUUCCUCAAUUGCUCGGUCUUAUUGAAGAAAUGACUAACUGGUACAUUCGUUUUAACAGACGUAGACUGAAGGGUGAAAACGGUGAACAAGAAACUGUUGUGGCCUUGAACGUUCUUUUCACUGUUUUGUUUACCCUUGCUCGCAUUAUGGCUCCUUUCACUCCUUAUAUUACUGAGAACAUCUACCAACAACUCAGAAAUUACAUGGAGAUUGAUCAUAGUGAUAUGUCUUUACGAUCCGUUCACUUCCUUCCUUUCCCUUCUUACAAGGAAGAACUUUCUGAUGCGACUGUUCUGCGUCGUGUCAAGCGCAUGCAAACUAUCAUUGAACUUGCCCGUUAUGUGCGUGAACAAAACAAUAUCUCUUUGAAGACACCUUUGAGAAGCCUUGUGGUUAUCGUUACUGAUCCUGAAUACCUUGAAGAUGCUAAGUCAUUAGAAGGCUAUAUUUUAGAGGAGCUUAACGUCCGUGAAGUCAUCUUCACCGCUGAUGAAGAAAAAUAUGGCGUUGUUUACAGUGCUCAAGCUGAUUGGCCUGUUUUGGGUAAGAAGCUUCGUAAAGAUAUGGCUCGGGUUAAAAAGGCUCUUCCUAACGUUACCACUGAAGACGUUAAACAAUUCCAAAAGAAUGGUGAGAUGCUUCUUGAUGGCAUCAAGUUGGUUGAAGGUGAUUUGCAAAUCAUUCGGUCUGUUCAAAACAAAAAUGAAUAUCUGAAAUCCAAUACCGACGGUACCUGUAUAGUUUUGCUUGACACUGAGAAUGAUCCUCAGUUGCAAUCUGAAGGUUUGGCACGCGAGGUUAUCAAUCGUGUUCAGCGUCUUCGUAAAAAGAGCCAAUUACAGGUAACGGACGACGUUCGCAUGACUUAUGCUUUCAAAAAUGAUACUAUUGGAUUAGAGCAAGCUAUUGAGAGAAAUGACCCAUUGUUCACUAAGAUCUUGCGCCGGGGAAUUGAAAAAAGUGAUGGAAAUGAGGAAUCAGGUUUGAUUGCCUCGGAAGAACAAGAUGUUCAAGGUGCUACCUUUAUUUUGAGUCUUCUGAAGCUUUAGAUUACUGAAAAUUUUCCUAUUUCAUUUCGGAUAACAGAAGGUAAUAUAAAUUUUUUAUAUCUAUGGGUGAUCUAUGUAUUUUUAAAAU